ACGACACAAUGGAACGGCUUCCCUAGCAACGCCUAGCAACGGCCGCCGGGCGACCACGCGUAGAGGACGGAGUGCACUCACUCGGGCGAUUUGACGGACUAAUUUCACUGGAAAAGCAGACAAGAUGCCGCAAGAUAUGCCGCCGAAGAAGAGCAUUCUUAUGACGCCGGAUCCCUACCACACGCCAGGGUAUCUGGGCUACUGUCCGCAGUUUAAGUACCAGAUCGGCUCGACGUUCGGCAACACGACCCACCGACUCCUCACGAACCCGAACGUCGCGGCUUCGGGAAGUUCCGUGCUGACCGAUACCUUCCCAAGGCUCAGCCAAGGCGUCGACAAGGCGGCGUUUAUCCGUACGCGAACGGCUAGCUGGGGAGACCAGAAGCUGACCGAAAAGAUGGUGCCGGGAUACACAGGGUACAUUCCGAAGAUGCAGAACCACUACUUCGGCAGCAGGUACGCAGACACCUGCGGCUCCGCUAUCGCCGACUUCGAGAGCGACCAGCGCGGCCACACCGCCAAGAGAGACCACAUGCGGACCCUGACGGCACUGCAGACCGGCAAGCUCAAGCCCGACGACUCCCAGAAAAACCUGAUCACAGCCUCGUACCAGACCCCCCUGAAGCCGAUCGCGCGGCAGGCCAAGCCCUACUACUCGCCGGGCUCGCUACAGCACAUCAAGUCGCCAUACCGCAUGAGCAACGCAGAGGCCAAGAAAAACUUCAUGUCAGGCUACACCGGUUUCGUGCCCAAGGCGCGGGGGCUGAUGGGAAUGGGGUACCCCGUGGUGACCAACGCGGCGCUGUGCGAGUUCACCAACGAGAUGGGGAAGAACAGGACCCUGAAAACUCAGCCAAUCACCAUCAAGCGCGAGACCAAGGGCAAAAUGGAGACCCAGGCCAUUUAUCCCGAGGGCUCCGGGCUGGUGCCGCAUUACACGGGACACAUCCCAGCGCAAAAGUUCAAGUUCGGCGACACGUUCGGCCACAGCACGUACAACGCGCUGAAGAUCGGGACCGGCAUGACGCCGCAACAGGAGGCUAUCAUUUCUGUACAGUAACCCCCCCCCCCUUUCCCCCUCCAACAAAAGACCCCUCCCUCCAUUCUUCCAUUACUUUCCUUACCCGCCAUAGCACUGUCUGUAGGCCCAGACCACUCGACAAAAACUAAUUCGAAUUUGCAUUGGUCUUAAUUUCAACUUCGGAACACCAUGAAAAAUAAAACUUAAAAUGCAUAAUAAACACAAAGCGUAAAGAACUUCGUUUUUUUUUCUAUUCGUCAAAUUCGUCAAAUCGCUCAGUCUACCCUGGUGGAAUGGAGGUUUGCAGGUUGAUUUGGGCUUUUAUGUUUGCUCAUUGUGUACAUCUUUCGGUUAGCUCCGUUUUACGAUUAUUUGUGACAAACGCUAGGAACCAGGAAACAUGUACUUGAUCAUAUAAAGGCAGCAUCGAAACUUUUGUUGUCUGGAGCCUUUUAAACAAAGUUUUGAGUCUUUUAUAUAAAUCUUUCUGAUCAAGUUAAUGAUCUAUUCGACAGUGAACGCUCUACUCAAAACAAUGCCACUUGUUUAUACCACCGGGAUUCUGUGAUGAUUCCACAUUUGGUUCAUGUCUGUCUUGGUAAUAAAGAAUUAGAAAAGAGCCGAACAUUAACGAACACUUUUGGUUUUGAGCCACAACUGUAUAACUAUAGCAACGUUCCAGAUUGCAGUAUAUAUGUGUAUAUGUAUAACGUUUUGACGUCAGAAAAAGGACAAUGCGUUUUUUUAUAGAAAUAUCAUAUUUUUGCUCUAUUGACCAUAACGUUUGUGAUUGUAAGAUACAUUUUAUACAUGAAGUUUGCUUUCUUGAUAUCACGACGUUAAUUUUUCUUCAUAUGUAAAAGAAAUUUCCGUCUCCGGGAGCUUAUUAAUAUGCCCUACUACAUACUGUAUCUUUAUUUCAUGUGACAUUUAGAAUGGAUAAGCUUAUAGUAAAAUUUCAACCAAAAAUGAUAUACAUUUUUAUUCUAGAGCAAUUGCAGAGCUUAACAUAAUGUAUUUCAGAUUGCUGCCCGCUUCAAAACUGUAUUAAGCUCUUUCAAGAAAAACAACGCUCGUAUAGAAACGUGUUGUGACCACGAACGUUAAAUAUACAAGAUGUUAUUUAGGUUUUAAAAACAUCAAAAUGCUUUUUAAAUGGUGUAAAAUCUGUGUCUUAGUCAGAGGAACAUUGUUACAAAGUUUGAAAAUUGCAUUUCACAUUUGUUUGUGUUCCUUCCCUACAAUAUGCUGCUCAUUCAUAUAUCUACCUAAGCCAUAGAAGAUAUUUUGUACCGAUGUAUACCAGAUUAGUACUUGCUAUUUUUGUGUGUGACAUCAGUAAUUGUACAAAUAUGUACUACAUAUGUAUAUUUAGCUCUAUCGUUGUGGUGUGAUUGCAAAACUGAAAUAAAUUUUGAUCGUAACCGGAAAAA